UAAUUGAAUACAACGCGGCGGUCAAUAACGCUUUCACGCUCGUGAAUGACGUGCUCUGUUUGACAGAGCCUUAACUUUACGAUUGUCGCAAGCCCCGAGAUAGUUGAGGCCUGAGUGCCUGACGCGUUUCGCAGCUGUCGUGUGAAAAAUAAAGUGCCACUGUCGCCGUUGCAGCGUGGAGCUGGAGCCAAUCCAUCUUCUCGAGGUCCUGAACCCUACUGCGAUAAAAUAUGAAGUUCUGAUGAAGAUAACAUAUUAUUAUUGAACGAGCCUCACUUUAUAUAGUACAUAGGUGAGGAAGAGAUACGGACCAAUAUAAUUUCAGUUGAACGUAAUGCCAGGUGGGGGAGGUCAUAUUUGCUAUCUCGACGACCGUCUGUAGCAGCACUUCAUUUAUUAUCUCGUAGUUGAGAUAAUAUAUUCCAUUUAUAUUAUUUAAGUUAUAUUAUACAUAUAUAAGUAUAUAAUACUAUAAUACAUCGACCAUAGAUGCCAAAUGUGUUAUGCAACGUGCAACCUGUAAUAUAUAUUAUACAGUACAACAUGUUGCCAAGCAUGUUUUUUUGUACAAUUGCAUGUGCUAUAAUCGCUGUUGUAAAGGCAUCGAAUAUUUUAGUGUUUAUGCCGAUACCGUUUAGAAGCCAUUUUCAUGGAUUUCAACCGUUGUUCGAAGAGCUGUCACAUAGAGGGCACAACGUGACCGUUGUCAGUUCGUUCCCUCAAAAUCGUCAGAUAGCCAACUACACGGAUAUAGGACCAUUUGUUUCCAAAGAACAUGAAAGAAAUGCUAUGGAUAUGAUGGGCAAGAAUUUUUUGACGUCGACUCUGACAGUAUGGAAACUUGGCGUAACAUUUACCAAAGUCUUGAAACAUAAAUCAAUGGUAGACUUCCUCCAAACAAAUUCCGACUCGUUCGAUUUAGUUAUGAUAGAAUCGUGUUGUCAAGAAUAUACGGUGGUCUUGGGCCAUAAAUUCAGCGCACCAAUCAUUAAGCUGCAACCAACCAUGCUCUGGAGCAGUAUUAGCAAAUGGAUACACGUUCCUUCCACAUUCUCGUACAUACCAAACACCUUUUUGGAAACAACAAGCGAUAUGAGUUUCACGCAACGUUUAAAAAACACCAUUACUGGAGUGUUGCAGUUGUAUGUAGAAAAUUACUUAUAUUUACCAAAAAUGAAGGAAGUAAUGGAUACACACUUCACAUACAAAGGGUGGGAAUCCAGGCCUUCGCUUGAAGAUAUGUUGAAUAACGUGUCCUUAACACUAGUCAACUCUCAUUAUGCGGUCGGUGUAUCCAGACCAUAUCUUCCAGGUGUUAUUGAUGUAGGUGGUAUGCACAUAAAAGAGUCCAAGUCUCUAUCUGGGGAUCUUCAAACUUUUGUAGAUUCAGCGGAACAUGGAGUAAUUUAUUUCAGUCUUGGUUCGGUGGUUAACUUAAAUCACUUACCUCAAGAAAAAUUAAAUAUUUUUCUUGGCACUAUUGCAAAAUUAAAACAAAACGUAAUACUAAAAUGGACACCAAAUGCUAGUGUAAAGUUACCUCAAAAUGUUAUGACUGGUUCGUGGUUUCCUCAAAGUGAUAUUUUAGCUCAUCCAAAAGUCAGACUUUUCAUAACUCACGGAGGAUUACAUAGUUUAGAGGAAACCGUUUAUCACGCAAAACCUGUAGUUGCUAUUCCAUGUUUUGGCGAUCAGCAUUUAAACAUCAAAUUAGUGGAAAGAAAAGGCUAUGGUAAACUGGUAUAUUAUUUUAAUAUUACUGAAGAAUCAUUUGGAAAUGCCAUCAAAGAAGUAUUAUCGAAUCCAACGUUUAAAAAUAACGUCGAAAUCCAGAGUCGUAUCUAUAGAGAUCAACCGAUGAAACCUUUAGAACGAGCUAUCUAUUGGGUCGAGUAUGUUAUUCGGAAUGGAGGAGCUGGACAUCUUAAAAGUGACUCCGUGGGAUUAAAUGAUGUGCAAUAUUUUUUGUUUGACAUAGUAUUUAUUUUACUGAUACCAAUUGUAUGUAUAGUUUGGUCGUGUUAUUUAUUCGUUGCAAAAAUCACAUCUAAACUAUAUUAAAAGACCAGUUGGCACAAGUCGUUGAAACAGAAAGGAUUGAAUGAAUUACAAACAGUUAGCGGUACAUACAUGAGACGUACAUUGAAAAAUAUAAGUACUAAGUCUUGUAAUAAUUAUAAAAAUAAACUUAGCCCGAAUUACCGUUAAAAGUUUAUUAGCUCUUCGAGUUUACGUCUGACCAGUCCAUGCCAGGCCAGUUCUAACACAUAAUUCCAGCACAAUGGCC